CUCAUGAGAAGUCCUCGUGAAAGUGUUUCAUAUGUAGCCUACCCCAACUUGUUUGGGAUAACAGGCUUCAUAAAGAUUUUUUGAAUUCCCAAACAUAUUUUUUGAAUUUAUGAAUAUUUAUUGAAUUCGCAAUCACCUUUUUUUUUUCAAAUAUGCCUUCAUGUUAGUAGAUUUUAAAAGCAUGGUGUGAUGUAUAAAGAAUAAUGGUCAACGCUAUGUUACUGUUCGGAUCAAAUUAUUAUUUGAUAGCAGGAUUAAAAUUGCCAACGAAAGAAGUUAUCAUUUGGGCUUCAUACAAUAUGAAUAUAUCCCACUCGGUCCUAUUUGUAUCAAAAGCUUGUCGAACACUUCGGAGAAGAAUACACCAACUAUUCUGGUAGUGGGCCUAACUCAUCUCAACAAUUAUGUUUAGGCCUUAUUCCCCUAGUAUGCUGGUCAUCGUCUCCUUUCAUGUAUUUCUCUUAGUCUCACUCCCAAACACUUAAUGAUCUAAGAGAGGGAAUUCCAGCAGCCAUGGCGGGCAUUGUCCCCUUCAGUCGUUCAUGCCAUUUGAGAGGAUGAAGGCUCUAGAGACAUCGUGCGAGAGGCAUAGGCGCUAUCGAGUCUGCCACCAUCGUAGCCACGACGACAAUGCCACAAAGCAAAUAGAGGAGGGUAGCGUAGCAUGGUGGCGCGACAGCGCUGUGAGAGGACAUGCACUCGAACAUGGGGCACUGCAGUCUGUUUCUUCUUUCGGUGAGUGGUAGCUAGAUAUACCAUACUCCCAACAAGAUGACGGUAAAACGUUGAAUUAGACAAAGGGUCAUCAUCAGUAGCACGAACGUGAACAUUUAGCUUCAUGGGAGUCCCAAUAGUGUGCUCAUUAGUAAGCUCAGCACGAGCGAGAAGAUCCUGGAUUGCAUUUCUUGAGCAAGAAGAGAUCUCAAUCCGAAGAAACUAGCGAAGAGGGCCCAAGAUCAGGAAUAAGAAAUUGAUCACUAAGGCGUGCCUUCACAAAGGCAAUAUAUUCGGGGUAUUCGCCAGUGAUGAUCAUGUCAUCGGUAUAUAGAAGAAGAGUCCUACCAAGAGCAGAAAGGUGGAAAAACAUCGUAGGAUCAUGAGCACCAAGGUUGUCAGAAUCGUGAUCCUGUUAUACGAUUCUACGACUUUACGAUCCAAACUAACCCCUAUGAUUCUAUGAUUUUAGUUCAUGGAAUCUACGUUUCUACUAUUCUGAUAGUGAAGAUUCUACGAUUUGCGAUCCUACCAUCGGAGCUUCAAUCCGAUUCAAAAUCGCGAUUCUGACAACCUUGAUGAGCACUCACUGAAAACCAGUGGCAGCCACCGCAGAUGCAAAACGCUCAAACUAGGCACGAGGGCUUGCUUAUGGCCAUAAAGAGCCGUGAAGACAACAAAACAUGUCGUCAAGAACAAAAUACCUAUGUGGUGGCUGCAUGUAAACCUCCUCACGUAAUUCACCAUUCAGAAAGACAUUCUUAAUAUCAAGCUGAGGCACAUACCAGUGGCGAAUAGAGGCCACAACAAGUGUGCGAGCAGUGGUCAUAUGGUUCAUAGGAGCAAACAGUCUCAUCGUAAUCAAGACCAUCAAGCCAUAAAACGAGCUUUGUGGCGCUCAAGAGAACCAUCAGAGCAAGUCUUAAGAUUGUAGACCCACUUACAAGUGAUGGGACGGACACGUGUUGGUGCGCUCAAGAGCAACAAUCUCCUUUGCCAUCACAAGCUGCCAUUUGGGAUGAAAAACAGGGCCAACACUUGGAAAGUCAUGGUGGUCCACAAGCGGAAGUGGACGAGGAUGCAAGCCAUAAGUAGGUUGAGGCGGGGAAGAUGGCACAUCAGUAGACGCACCCAGACGACGAGUAUAGAAGUGAGGAAAAAGAUGGAAGGAUACAAUGAGGAAUCAUUGGGACAAACUCAAGUGAUGGAGAUAAUGAAGCCAUCGGUGAUGAAGGUGUGGAAUCCUGUGAUAAGCGAGGUGUGGAAAUCAUAGGAGAUGACGACAUCGGGUCUGCAAUAACCGAAAAAGUGUGCGAAGAGUGGUCAUGUGGGCCAUAGGAGCAGAUGUCUCGCUGUUGUCAUGACCCUGUUCCCAGUACUAGACGAGCUUUGUAAUGCUCAAGAGAACCAUCAAAAUCUUAACCUUGUAGAACCUCUUACAAGUGAUGAGACAAGUAAAAGGAGGAAGGUUAAUGAGAUCCCAUGUGUCGAUGCACGCAAGAGCAUCAAUCUCCGAUGCCAUCCUAUUCGGGAUGAACAACAACGUUAUGAUAAGAAGUCGUCUCAAGAAGAGCGGUGCUAGAAUAACCAUAGCGAUCAAUAGGCGGAAGCAAUAGGCGGAAGCGGGUGAGUUCGGAAGUGCCGGCGGCGAUGCGUUGCCAACGGGCGAAAAAAAAUCCACAACACACGGAUGACCAUUCUAGUAAAGAAGAGGAUGAGGGGAAUCACCAGGGAAGCCUCAGGUAAUGAACAAGGUGAAGUCGUAGGUGACGACGGUGUGGGGUCUACAACAGUAGUACAGGAAGACACGGUGGGAUUGCUGAACGAGGGCAAUAUAUGAGUGAUAGGUGUAUUGGAAAAGGCGAGGAAAUAAAUAUCCUCAAUGGGGGAGGCCAAAGGAGAGGAUGGAUGUGGAUAGAAACAAGAAAUGUGUGUUUGACGACUCACAACAUAUCUGUUGCUCAUCACCGUAACCUAAGAAGACACAUUCAAUAGAGUCUUGCAGUCAGUUUGGUGCAUUCACGGGGGCAAGAAGAACGUAGCAAACACAACUAAACAAAUGAAGCGUUGAGUAGUUAGGAGAAUGACCAAAAAGACGCUCGAGAGGAAUGCCACCCUGUAAAGCAAAGGAAGGAUGAAUGUUGAUGAGAUAGGUGGAAGUAGAAAACACCUCAACUCAAAAGUGAGGUGGAAGAGAGAUGACAAUCAUUAAUGCACGAGCCGCCUCAAGGUGACACUUCUUGCGCUCAACAACACCAUUUUGAGCGUGAGCAUCAGGAUAAGCGAACUGAGCAAGUGUGCUUUGCUCAACAAAGCUUCUUAGAAAUAGACAAGACUUCACUACAAGAAAACAUAAAAGAUGUCCAUGUGUGUCAAGAGAAAUCAUCUGUAAAGAUUUUAUAGUAGCGAUUGCCUCCUUACAAGAAAGAGACUAGCGGUGGCAGUGAAGGGAAUGUGAAGCCAGUUAAGCUCCUAGAGGCCCUGGGAGUCACAGUGCUGAGGGCCUGCACCAAGUAGACCACCCGUGUGAGGAUCCUAAUCAGAACAAGAUUCAAAGUCGAGAGUGACCAUACAACCAGAGCGGAAAAAUGCUACCAAAAAAAUUCUUGCUAUCAGAAAACUAGAGUGAAAAAGUCUUAAACUACCUGAAAUGAGUUGCAUGGUAAAUGGAGGAACAUGAGCAAUAGAAGGAGCAUGAGAAGAUGAAGUGCUAAGAGUGCCUCGACUAUCGACUGGGAGGGAAGUACCAUCAACAGUAAGAACACGAGCAUGAGAAUCUAGAGGUCAAAUGGAGGACAAAUUGGAAGAAUCAUAAGUCAUAUGACUCUCCAGUACCAAGGAUCCAUGGAGGCGUACCUAAUUUUAUAAAAAGUGUUUCCUCAGUACCAGAAGAAUCAGUAGCAAAACUUGCAAAACCUGUCGAUGGAGAACCAAAAAGGCAGCUAGCAGACACCGAAGUUGUGUAAUCUCCAUUGUAGUCAGGGGCUCAACUUUAGAUGUCAAUGAAGAAGCAUCGGGCGAAGAAGAAACAGAAGCAGAAAAUACGUGUCAGAAGUUGUGCAAUCUCCUACGAGGUGAAGGACACCUCUGAAGUUGUCGACGUAGAAUCACCAGAAGAGGAGUGUCUGCCACCACCUGUGUAAGCCUAAAGGAUGAACAAUACAUGUUAUAGAAGUCGGUGGAGGAGAUGAGGUCACAUGCACACGGGCACCAAUUGCGAAGGGAAGGCGCACAUGACGUAGUCUGCGGUGUGAUGUGCACCAGCACUACUUAUGAAAGUCGUGAGGCAAGUCUGUGUACAAUGACCAUUACCAGUGGUCGCGAGAGGAGUCAUUGUAAAGCCACUAUCGUAGCCUAUGGAAGGCACCGGGGUGACAUAUGUCAUAGAUGGAGGAGCACCAAGCAUCGAUGGACAAUGCAUGUGCGACACCCUAAAAAGCCACCACACAAGGAAGAGAAAUUGUGUCCAAUGAAGACAUUGUACCUUUUUUGUUCUACUCUUUCUUUUACAGAACUAGCUUUGUCUUACGAAAGAAGAGAGCAGCGGAGCAUGGAAGAGCAGCGUACAGGGCGCGUGCGAAGGGGCAUGGUCCCCUAGAGAGGCAUGUCGACAGGACAUGUUGCCGUCUGUGAGGUCCGGUGUCGAAGUUCGAUGUUGAGGUCAUGCGUGCAGCAAAAGAGGGAGCCGAGACUAUGACCCGACAGCGAAUUUCGUGGAGAUUGCAGAGGGCGCCGUCCUCCUUGAGAAGACGGUGAGGCGUCGACCAGCUGGAAUGUCGGGACAUCUUGGAGCGGCGAAAAGGCGUGACCUCUUGGAGCGAUGGGACGUCGGCCUCCUGUAGAAGGCGGUGAGGCACCAACCUUCUAGAGAUGAAGAUGAGGCAUAACCUACGUGAAGAGGUAGCAUGUGGUUGCGAGCGCGAUGGGGGUGGUCAUCAGUGGCGAGUACGAUGGAGGCGGAGGUAUCGAGUUCGAAAGGGCUUGACGGGAGUGGUGGCCUUUGGGGAAUCACUGUGGCGGGAGAGGGCUAGACGAUGAAGGAGAGACUAACAUGAUCUGGAGCCAGCAGAGCGACGACGAUAUUUCUUGAGAAGAUGACUCUCAAGCGAGUGCGGGGGGUUGGUUUGCACGCGAGCGUACUGGUCUGAGAAAAACAUUGAUUAGAAACUUGGAUACAAAUCGAUUUAGAGGAGCACGAGUUGUGCAUGCGAUAAAGAAAAGCUAGGCUCUAAUACCAUGUUAGGAAUGUGCAAUUUGUAUUCCCAAGUGGCCAUAGGCUAUACAUGUACGUGUGUGGUACAAUAUGCAAAAAAAACCCUUGUGUAACAAGGAAAAUGUAAAGGGUACAUGACUAAUUUUUUUUGAUGUGUAAGACCCAGGCAUUGUGUUCCUUCUAGAUGGUCUAGAAUGCGAGCAACAACGAAUGCAAGCAACACCAUUGACUUGAGUCACAGUCGAAAAGGGAAAUGCUACCCCUGGGGGCAAUGGUGAUGUCGAAGAGACGGGCUCCAAUUUCUAGAUUGUUGUCGAGAAGGACUGAAGCAAAGGGUGCAGACGACAUGGAUGUUCAGACCGUGGUAUAGAUUAUCGAUCAUUGAAGACCUGGGCAUUGCGUUCCUUCCAAAUGGUCUAGACCCACGAGCUACACUACCAACCCGAGAUCAUGAUGCACCAAAGACGAGAUGGUUGCCCGACAACUAAUCAACUGGUCGGAAAGGGGCCUCGGGGUGGGUUUGCGGCAAUGACAUUGAAUAGGUGAACAACAGUUGCCAGAUUGCCGCUGAGAAGUAGUAGCUGGUGAACAUGUGCUUGGCUGUCUGAGGGGCACUAGAGUAGAGGGGGCAUGCGAUGUGGCUAACCGGACCAUGGCUCUGACGACGGUAGGCACACCAUAAACGAUGUUGCAUGGUGAGCCACAUAUGGAUCUUGCAUGCUAUAAUUGCCCACGCUUUCUGCUUUCCACAACAUUUUAUUGAGGGGGGCUAAAUGAAGCCCAUGGAAGAAAUCAUGGUACUCGGAGUUCCCCGAUGAAAUCUUGACCAUUCAAAAGCAAGUGAUCUGCUACGUUUUCCUGAAGGGUGAUGUUCCCCAAAUGAUGACGCCGAUGCAGGUAGACCUGAUGACUUACAUUGUCAGCGCAUUGAUGAUGUCCUGUAUCCAUGAAUGGUUUGCGAGUGCCUGAUGCAUGGUGCAUGUGUUGUCGGAAGAUGGCGUUGACGCGAGGAGCUGGCUGGAUUGCCCCUCCAGCCAUGUAUGGGUCUAGGAAGGGUGGAAUUUGCAUUGUUUAUGCAGGAAGAUGUGGGGGUGGCGAACAUGUAUUUUUCCUCGUUUUCAACAGUGGGGCGGCAACUUGGCCCAACAAAUGUGCACUUCUGCCGCAACCAUCGGAUUUGCAAUGAAUAGUCGAGGAUGUGCAUAUCAAGGAUUUUGAAGCUGCUGAGUUCCACAUGCAGCAUACCUUGCUCCAGGCCACCAUGCAUUCCCGUCGCUGACUAUGUUGGCCCACCUCUAAAGGAUAGCGCGAAUGCACUUCUCGAUCGCUGCAGGUAACCAUAAAGGUCGUUGCAUGGUGAUGUCUUGAUAAACUGGGUCGGAGAGAAGCACUAAUUUGACAAGCAUGACAAGCCUCCUAUGUUUAGUAGAUUCGCAAUCGAAGUGGGGAUGCAGUUGAGAACUUUCUCUAUAAGUGGAUAGGUGGACCGUGCGAAUCUUCUUCCACGACAAGGGGAGGCUGAGGUAGGUGCACAGGAGUGACGAGAAAGCACAUGCGAAGUUGAUCUGGAUCUCCUAAAGCUCGACGAUGCUGCAGCAGAUUGGCGCGAAGGAGCACUUGUCGAAGUUAGUGCAUAAGCUCGAUGCACCACCAAGAUCAGGUUGCCGCACGUCGAAGACAGGAGAACGACCAUGUCGGCGGCGUACAAUGACAUGAGGUUCUUGACACCACGCCAGCGCGAUGGCUCCAACAUGACGACGCUCUUCGCAUGAACUAACAAGGCAUUUAGCUCCUCCAUCACAAAGAAGAAACAAUAACGGCAAAAGGGGGUCACCUUGCCACAUGUCACGACGGUGAAGAAUAUGCCUUUCGGGCACCCCAUUGAGGAUGUCCAUGACAGAAUCAUUCAAACCCACUUGGUGAGUCUGCCGCCAAUGUCGGCGUGCCACGAGACUAUAGGAUGAAGGGCUAUGAGACUGAAUCUAUUGCUUUCGCAGUGUCAACCUUGAGCAUGAGGGUUGCGGCGCGUCUGGUGUGCAAGCCCUUGUCGGUGACCAUGAAGGACGUUGGUUUUCCUUGAUUAGUUCCGGGAGUCGAGGCACAACACAGAGAGCAAGCAACUUUGAGAAAAGCCUGACAAAGGUAUGCGGCAAACAAAUCAAGUGGAAGUGCUUUACCUUGUUCUUCUCUGGCAACAAGACGAUGAGGGUAGCAUUGGGCUCGACGAGGUAACCUACGAUAAGCACAUAGAGCUGGUGGACGACGACAACAAGCUCAUCUUUGACGAUCUCCCAAGCGAGCUGUUAAAACCACUCUAGGAGGGCUGGCGGCAUGUCGCAACCCAUGAUGGAUGAAUAGUCUGUGGGCAUCUACUCUUUAUCCUCAUGGGUCAAGGUGACACCACUGUCACGGGCAAUGCCAACCACACAUGAUUUUUGCAAUGGCGGUGGCACACAUGGAUAUAGAAGUAGUGUGUGCUUGCGUCUACCUCGGCUAAGUAGUGGAAGCGGAGCGUUGGCGGGUGAUGAUGCACUUGAGGGACACCAACCCAAGCAGCUUAAGCUUCAUCUCUUUGCGCAGAUUAAGCUCCUUUUGGGACAGCCGUCGAGACUCUUGCACUGCGUUGAGAUGGAAAAUGAUUUCCUUGGCCAUGAGUUGUUGUACCUUGAUGCUACCAAUAUGUUGGUCGCUCCAUGACUGCAGUGUGUUGGCCGUAUGCUUCAGCAGGACACCCAAAUGUUAGAGUGGGCCAAGGUGCGACAACACAUGCUAGGCAUCGGCAACCACAUGGUGGAAGCCAUCAAAAUUCUGCCAGAUAUCCUUCAAGUGGAACGGGUGAGCCCUAGGCAUGCAGGAUGAAUCUACUGCCAUGGAGGAUCCUGCGCGGAAAAGUAUAUAGGAUGUCAUUAACCCCAGUUCGUCGAGCAAAACAAGCAGUUUGGCUGCACCAACAUUGGCGGCCACCACUAGUUGCUCCAAUCGUAGCGCCGCCCGACGAGGUUGAUCUCAUGAAGCUUGAGGUCAUCAAGGAAAUGGUGAAAUCUUGCCCAUCUAUCUUUUGGCUAGGUUAGUGUUAUUCCAAUCCCCUGCUUGGUAGAUCAAGUUGAAGUCAGCAUUAACGACCUAAGGACCAGGAUGCAUGGCGCGAAACUCAUAGCGCUUGGAGGAGAAAGCGAAGCGAUCCGCGCCAGAGAAAGGACCAUAUACGGUUGACAAUCACGAAGGGUGUUCCUGAGAUAAACAAAGAGGUCGAAGGUGAGGAAGGCUACUCCAAAAACUUCCAACAGUCGGAUCUCCAAGCAACAAAGAUACCUUCGUGUGUUGCAGCGGCUGGCAAGAAGAGAUACUUGAAACCAGGUCCAAGAUUGUAGCCAGCUUUGUCUCCUCAACAAAGAGAAGUGAGAUGUGUUCGUUCAGAACAAUUGCACAAAGCACAUCACAUUGUGUUGAUGCAUUAAGACUUGACACGUUUUACACCGUGGUUGACAUCAUCCUCCACAGUGACAUCCCUUAUGCUCUUCAGACGCCAAACACCUUAUUCGAGUGUGAGAUGUCAAUCUCCGCAAGGUUGCAGUUGGGCCCAAGCAUCGGUGGCGAGCGAAGUGGUGACCUCGAGCAGGUUGAAGUGGUGCUCAUAUUUCGACGGCACUACCUCAUGACCUGAGUACAAGACAGACACUCAGAAUCACUCAGCCAAAUCAAGUAUGUUAAGCACCAGUCUAAUUAAGGGGACUUACGUUGGGAGGCCUCACUAACGUUCGCAAGUUCCAUGGUCAAUGCCUCGACCUUCUCCUCAAUGGCUUUCUUGGCAGCCUUCCAGUGGAUAGCAGCGUUGCAUGGGCUUUAGCGUCCUCGAUCACCUGUGACCUGACAACACCGAGCUUGGCAUUGGUGGUAUGGAGCUCUGCCGCCUUGGCCAUGCCUGUGGAGGGAGUCCAUCUCCUUGCAUGCCUUGUUGGCGAGCUUCACCCGCUCCUCCAUCUUUGUGGAGUGCUCGCUCUGCACCGCAAGCGUGCGACCUUGUCCUCGGCGGCUACACGACUAAGACUCGAUCGGUUUGAAGUAAAGCAAAAAUAGACAAGGGUAGUUGUCAAAGAGAGCCCAACGCUUACCUUCGGCUAAUUGUUGGCCAUGAACUGUUGUAGCUACCGUGAAUAUGUCGGUCGCUCCAUAACUGCAAGGUGAUGAUCGUACACUUCAGAAGGAUACCCAAAUGCUAGAGUGGACCAAUGUGUGGCGGCACAUGCUAGGCAUCGACAUUCACCUGGUGGAAUCCAUCAAACUUCGGCCCGAUAUCCUUGAAGUGGAACUGGUGAGCCCUAGCGUCAAAAGCAUGGUGUACAAGAUGACCGGGCAGUGAUCUAACGCCAUGGAUGAUCCCACCCCUUAACAAAGAAGUCAUAUAGGAUGUAAGAAAUCUAUGGGAAGAUUCAUCCAUCCAGGAACUUACUUGUGUGGAAGUGUGCUGCUGCUGCAAGUUCCUGACUGUGCACAGUACUUCAUGGAGAAUCUGGACCUAUUAGCUGAAGCAGAUUACAUACCAACAAAGGAGCACUAGAGGCAAGGGAAGGCAUGACAGAACAAGUGGUUGUUUCAUGGCCAGGGCAGAGACAUGCAACGGUGAGGGUUGCAAUCGUCAGGGGACAUCACCUUAUAAAAUGCCCACUCACAAUGGCUAGAUCCUGCUCUCUACCUCUCCAUUGUCAUUGACGCAUUUACAAUUGCAGAUUUAAGCCUCUUUGAUCCUCUGCUGUAAUCUGGCAAUAAUAUCAGCACAUAAAUUGAUUCGCUUCUUCCAGCGGGCAUAUCAUUCAACUCUCGGUGCAGGUUGUUCACCAGUGAUCUGGUUUGCUAAAAGGCAUAUUAUUUGAUCCAGACUUGGAAUUGCUUAUGUGUUGGCAAAACAUGAUAAGCAGGCAUUGAACCUCACCCAACCAUCAACGAAUUUAUUCCAUCAAUCAAAGAGAUGAUGACAUCUAUGCCUAUUGUUGAAGACAUUAGUAUCAUCAAAACAAUAGUAUUAGAUAGCUUACGAACUGGAAUUUUCUUCCAGCUUACUAUAUGUAAUGCUCUCUUUUAGGUUAAGUAUCUGCAUAUAUGAAUCUAGUUCCUAAAGCCUUUGAUUCUGCCUCGAGGGCAAGAGCUGCAGUCUUAUCCUCGACCUUGAAUGAUCGAUUGGGGUAGUUGUUUAUUGUGAUCACACCGUUCAGUCCUGGUAUCAUUUCAUGUAUGCAUAGUGGGGUACGACAUGGAAUUUAGCCAACACCGGUCGCCCGAGCAACACAUGGUAGUCGCUCCAGAAUGGGACGAUGUCGAAGACUAACUCCUCGACUUGCUACGUGAAGCGUAACUUUUCCGGUGCACUAUGCUUCUUUUCCGGGGACUAUACCUUUAAAGGUUGUCCUGCUUAGCUGGAUGUGAGAUUUGUCGAACUACAUCUUUUGUAAAGUAUCCUCGUAUAUGAGGUUGAGGCUGCUGCCGUCGUCCAUCAAGACCUUUGAUAAACGAUAUCCAUCAAUAAUAGGGUCUAGAACGAGAGCGCAACUCCUUGGUUGUGAGCUCCUAUCAGUUGAUCUUGAUGAUCAAAGGUGAUUGGAACGUCCAACCACCUGCUUUCCGAUAUUGGUGAGUAGGUUUCGUAGAUCAUAAAGACGUCCUUGACCUCAGAUGGGUACCCCUUUGGUGGUAGUAGAUUUUCUUUCCUCAGCUUUCGUGAAUGUUGGGGUUGUCAAGAUACUCCACUCCUCCAUUUGCCACUUGUCUGAUGACCCAGCAAUUCCUGAGCUUGUGGGUUGCCGAUUUAUUCGAAGAGGCGGAGUGGAUGGCACAUGAUUCGUUGAGCAUGGUGUCUAGCUGCGAUUUAACCUUUCUGCUGCUGGACCGACCUCUCUUUCGAGAAGGCUGCUCGUCGUCCUAGUUGGUGCUGUUGCGCUUGGAUCAUCGAUUGCGAUGUAGGCCCUAUUUUCUUCUCCGAUCUCGGAUAAUUCCGUGUUGCCGUUCUCGCGCCAUUCAUUGACUGUCCAGGCGUCCACCAUGUUGUAUUUAGUGACUAUGUUGGAGAGUGCGGUGAAUAUCUUCAUCUGACGCCGAAGGAAUUCUCUCAUGAUCCCUUUGUCGAGGUUGUUGUCACAGAAGGCUACUAAUGCCUCGUGAUCCAUGCAGUCUGGGAUUUGGUUCUUCGUGAACAAAAAUUGUGUCCAAAAUUCUCAGGUCGUCUCAUUCUACUUUUGGACGACAAGGGCUAGAUCCUAGAUGUCAGCUUUUCCCGAUUUAUCUGUGCGGUAUUCGACAUGGGAGGUGGGUGGGAUUGAAGAUUUCAUCCCGAUCUGGCAUCGGCGCCUCCGAUGAGUUUCUAUGCGGUUAACCUAAUGUUGUCCCUGGUAAUUUUAAUGGAACCUGGCUUGUCAGGCCGUCGUAUUGUAUUGUCGGAUCCGAUCUCCAGGCUUGGUCUGACAAGUUGUAGUCUCCAUCCCAAGCUGAGUAGAUCCUCCGUGCUUGGGUGGAGAUAGCCUGCCGCUCUUCGCCAAAUCUAAUGUCGUGGUGGAGGAGGCCACGGCAGGGUCUGAACCAUCGAGCUCUAUGUCUCGACUGAUGGUUGGAAUUUUGAUCUUCUCCGGUGGCUCGGUUAAGCCGAGAAGUGACUCAGAGGCUACGUCGGCACCGAUUUGAUCGUCAGCGCUUGAAGCCAUCGAGUUGCUUCGAUCUUCCAGAGGGACCUGUAUGGGCCACCAAUGUCGGAGCUAAAUCUAGCGGAUCUCGGGUUGGGGGUCCCGAUUUGGUAGUCUUGGCUAGAUGGUAACAAGGACACAAGGGACACGAGGUUUACCUAGGUUCAGUCCCUCUCGAAGAGGUAAAACCCUACGUCCUGCUUUGUAUUGAUUGUGGAUAGGGUACAGAGUAUAUGUGAUCUACCGCGAGAUCGUAUGUGAAUGAAUCUCCCCUCUACGACCCUGGCACCUCCGCUUAUUUACAUACCGGGGGUACCUAGGGCAAACGUGUCAAGGACUAUCUUACGCCUUGGAGAAUACGCCAAGUCUUCGUGUCGUGCCGAGGUGGACAAUAUAGCAAGAGGAGCUGCUAAAGGUGUAUUCACGAAAGUGUGUGCUGUCUCAGAACGGUACUGUGCUGAGGUGGACAACAAAGCAAGAGGAGGAUCUAAAGGUGUAUUCACGAAAGCGAGGUGAGGGUAUUGCACAUCAAGUGGAGCAACUAGAUCAGCCACCGGCGGAACAACAAGGUAGUACUGAUGUGAUUUCCAUCUCUGCGGGGAUCAGGCUGAAGGGCCAGUGGCCACAGUAUGAAUUAUCAUCACUGCUCUUGGUUCUUGUCAGUUGUCACAUGCUUGAAAGCACUAAUGAUUUCCCAACUAAAAGUAGUAAUAUUUUCUCCUUGAUGCUUAUAUACGUGCCGCCUUAAAUGAUCCUAAGGAUGAAAUAAUGAUAGUUCUUGUGUGAUUUCUGAUUUUUAAUGUUGUCAUGGUGAUGGUUCAACUAAAGAAAAGGAGAAGCUGGAAGGUAACAUUUGUAGGGUUUUGGAUUUGUUUAGUAUGUAGCGUUCAAUACCAGGGGUCAGCUUUGAGCCCUUAUUGACCUGCAAUGUUGUAUGGUGCUGAGUGUUGGCCGACUAAAAGGCAACAUGUUUAAUAGUUAGGUGUGGCGAAGAUGCGCAUAUUGAGAUGGAUGUGUGGCCACACAAGGAAGGACAGAGUACGAAAUGAUGAUAUACGAGAUAGAGUUGGGGUAACACCGAUUGAAGAGAAGCCUGUCCAACAUUGCCUGGUCUUACUUUUCAUGUUAGCAUAUUAUAUUAUAAUGACAUUAACUCUUGAGACAACCUGCGAAAAGAACUUCAUCUUUUAAUAUCCUUUGCAGGUGUUAUUAACCACUCAUUUUCUUCAGCAUGAACAUCAUCUUGGUCGGCUAUUAACCAAGAAUGUGUUUGAUCCACACCAUAAGCGUAUUUCCAUCCAAAGAGGAAUUUAUUUGAACCGAGAAAGAGGGCACAGUUGAUUUUGCAGCAUUGAUCCAAUUCACAUCGAUGAUCCUCUUUUCCCUGCUAACAUUGUGGGCCGGAAUUGUUUCCGGGUCCACCACUGAACCAAGUUAUUAUUGGCAUCCAAGCUUGCCAUCCAGUCAAAAUCUCCUUAACUUGAUGUUCGUAUUCAAGGAUGCUGGAAGAGGUGCUGCAGGGUGUGGGCUUAGCUGUUCAUGCUGCUAGGCCUUUCCAAACGGAGGCUCUGCACGACUUCCUGUGCAUGUUUUUGGGUUUGCCCAUGGACAACUUUGGCCAUGCACAAACACAGCCAUCUCCUCUGGUACCGUUUCAGCAGCCAUCUCCUCUGGUAUCAUUUCAGCAAACAUUUACCAUCGUUGUCACUGAUUCGUCUUUGCGUGGCGAAUUUUGGCACUCACUUAUCACCCGAGAGAUCAAGAAAGCAAGGGGUUCGUGGCAUCCAUGAUGCAUUGAGAGUCAUGCACCUCGUGCCAGGGAAGGCAUAUAAUGGCAAGGAGGAAGGUCCAUCUCACCGCCGCCUUAUCAACGACUGUAUGCAUGACAUAAUGGGAGUUCAGCCAGAAAAUCGUGUUAUGCGUAAUGGAAAAGUGCAGUUUGUUGGCUCAAGCAAUAAUACAGAGCAAAUUUUACCCAAUACCGUUGAUUCUAAUGAUAUCUCUGCUUGUCCUUCCAUUAAUAAGCUCGCAAAGGGAAACAAGUUUAUGCUACUUGUGGAGCUGCAUAGGAGAGGAAUGAGUGCGGAUAUAUCUAUUCUAGCAUCUGCCAUGAGCUUUUGUGCUGUUAAGCAAUCCAUUAGGGGAGGUGUCCAGCUCCAUGCUCUACUGGUGAAAGUUGGUUAUGAAUUGUCAGUCCUUUCUGGCACCUCUCUAAUCAGCUUAUAUGCAAGAUGUUAUCAACUGGAGAAUGCUUGUCAGGUUUUUCAGAACAUGCCAGUUAAAAAUACCGUGUCGUGGACAGCACUCAUUUCUGGUUAUGCGCAGGAUAAUAAGGUUGAGCCUUGCCUCCAGGUGUUUCAGCUGAUGAGGCAGUCAGCGUGCAGGCCUAAUGACAUCACAUUUGCCACUAUCUUCAGUGUGUGCACUAACCACGCACUUCUUGCACUUGGUAAAAGUGUUCAUAGUCUAGAACUGAGAAUGGGUUUUGAUUUGUGUGUGCAUGUCUCAAAUGCACUGAUAUCAAUGUAUGCAAAGUGUGGGAGUAUAGAUGAGGCCCAGUCCAUAUUUGAGAGCAUUGCGUGCAAGGACCUGAUUUCUUGGAACUCCAUGAUAUUUGGAUAUUCACAGCAUGGCCUUGCUGAGCACUGCCUAAGCUUGCUAAAAGAAAUGGAGGAGGAGCACGUAGUGCCUGAUGCAAUCUCCUUCCUUGGCAUCCUGUCAUCAUGUCGGCAUGCAUGCCUUGUAGAGGAAGGCCGGCGCUGCUUCAAGGCAAUGAUCAGACUUGGAAUGGAACCAGAGUUAGAUCACUACUCGUGUAUGGUUGACCUCCUCGGCCGGGCAGGAUUGCUCGAUGAAGCAUGGGAUUUGAUCCAUACAAUGUCCACGUCCCCAAAUGCAGUCAUAUGGGGUUCUAUGCUGGCUGCCUGUAGGAUGCAUGGGAAUAUUCCGAUUGGCAUCCAUGCUGCAGAGCACCGUCUUAAGCUGGAGCCAGGUUGUGCUGCAACUCAUGUACAGCUAGCAAAUCUAUAUGCUAGCAUUGAUUGCUGGAGUGAUGUGGCCAGAGUGAGGAUGAUGAUGAAGGAGAGAGGACUGAAGACGAACACUGGGUGCAGCUGGAUAGAAAUUGGCAAUAAGGUUUAUACCUUCACAGCAGAAGACAGAUCAAAGAGCCAACAAGUAAAUCAUGUCUUGGCUGUUCUUGACUGCUUGCGCUCUCAUAUGGAAUACAAGUAUGAUCUGCUGAUAGAUGGUCUUGAGUUUGAUGAGCCUGAAUAUUUCAAGGUAGGUUCGAGCACUAAAUAAAAUAUUGGAAGAUCAUAGAUCGCCUCAGUCAUUUGUCUAUAUGAAGAUUGAAGAAUCAAUUCUAUAGAAAAAGCAUGACUCACACUUCAGGGACCUGCGAUAUGAUUCAUCUGAUUUCUACCUCAAAUUGUUCGAUAUUAUAUUGCAUCAGCUUUAGAAUUUUCCCAUCUGCCAUCUGAUUUGAGUUUUGAUGCUCAAUGUAGUCUUAUUUAUACAAUUGUUGUAAAUCAGGUUUCAUUAGUGAUUAGUACAAACCAUGCGGGGACUUUAGAUGUAAAUUGGAGUCAAAAUAUGAGAAAGGCUGGCUUGAUUGACUAAAGGAUUGACGUUUUCUUUC